UUGGGUGUCCAAUACUUCUGAUUUAAAUUGUUAAACGUAUGUACAAUACAGUAGGUUUGAAGUAACUUGAAUUGCUAAUGAUAUAUAUAAAUUUUGCAGUAUAGAUUGAGCAGGUACAAAUUUUGUGAGAAUAAUGGCCUACAAAGAUACUCAUCGUAUGUUUCUACAGUCUUUCAUGUCCAGGGGAAUCUUAAAUGCAAAUGAUGUCUUCAAAUUGCUAGAAAGUUGCUGUGACAAGUAUGGAGAGGUGAUUGAAGAUAAAAUACAGCAUUUGUUGAGAUAUCUUCACAGCAUCAAUGAUGUUAUAAGAGUUUUUGGGAUGGAAAUACGAAACGUAAUUGAUGAAGUGGAUAGUACCAAGCAUUAUGGUCUUGUUAACACCACAGAAACCAGCAUUACCCUCUUAGCUUCAUCAUACACCGAAAACGAAUUGGAAUUUUUCAAGAAAUUAAUAAGUCAGAUUGUAUUAUCAGACAAUGGUUCCAUAGGAUCUAUGGCUGCCGUUAACAUUGUUGACAGUUUAACAAAGAAAAUGUCCAAAAGUGACGCAGAAUAUCUAUUGGAAAGAUUGAUAAGAGAUAGAUGGAUUGGAAAGUCAGAAAAUGGUCAUGUGUACAUUGGCACCAGAGGUGUCUUGGAACUAGAGCAGUAUAUACUAGAAAUGUUUGAAACUGCAGUGAGGUGUAAUAUGUGCAAGAAACUGUGUGUUCAGGGUGAAAGUUGCAGCAAUUGUGAAGUAAAGAUACAUUAUCAUUGUGCUUCUAAAUUCUUUAAAGAUGGCUCCAUGAUGAAAUGUCCGGAGUGUCAAAAUCCAUGGACAAUUACAAGUAAUUCUGCAUCAACAUCAUCAUCAGCUGCAGUGGGAGGAGCUUCUACUGAAUCAUCACCCCCAUCAUCAUCUGCAGCAUCAUCAUCACAGUCAAGGAAGAGAAAAGCUAGACAUGAAUGAAACAAACAUUCCUAUUAAAUGUGUAUCCCUGUCAUAUCCAACAGGCCACAGCAAAACCAUCCAUCAUAAUACUGUAAUUGUGUUGGAUUGUAUGGAUUUUGUGUUGAUUAAAUUAACUGUGGAGACUUUAUUAGGUUGACUGUACAAAGUAUUGUAAUGGUGAGAGACUUAAUUAAUCACCUUGGCAUAAAAAGAUUAUGUACAGUUACGUAUUUUAUUCUAUUUUCUUAACAUACUUAAUUAGACCUACUGUCUCUUCAGACAGCCAUUGUUGUUAAUAAAAUUAAAGAUAUACUAUGCUCAUCCUUGAGUAAAAUAUUUUAAUCACAAAAAUAUAUUGAAAUGUAUGAAAGUCUUUCUAAGUAUGUCUAAUUUGAAUAAAAAGAGCAAAUAAACUAAGGAUGGGAAGCUGCGUUCCUUUUUGCAGGUUUAGUAAAGUUGACCUUUUCUUAAAAAACUGACAGUUUUUUUUAUGACACUACAUGUAUAUAUUUAUAAAUUGUUAAAGUUUAAAGUAUAAUAUAUCUACUUUGUGUGAAGUCGAAACAUGUUUAUUUAUAUUUAUAAAAGGACCAUGUAGCAAUUAUCAAAUUUGAGCAUAGUAUAUCUUUAAUUGUUUAAAUUAUCCUGUUAAUUUUUGUUUGUUGAGAAGUUGUUACUGAUAUAUAACAUGUACAUUAUAAUAUUCCUAAUUAUGAUUUUUGACAGGUUAUAUAGCCCUAUAUAAAUGGUUGUUCAAAAAAAAAAAAGGCGAGGGUUUUAAUGCAAAAAAAAGCUUACAUACAGACAUAUAACUGUUGGAAAUAUUUAUAUCGAAUUUAUAAUACAGCAAGCAUCUUUUUUAAAUCGAACAAAUUUUAAGUGAGAUUUCUUCAUAAAUUGACAACAGUCAUGUAAAUAAGUCUAUAUAAUGUCAUGAUUAUCCAAUGAAAAGCUACGUUACAAACAUGCAGUAUUAUAAACCCCUUUUAUAUGCAUGUUUAUGUUACAUUUUGUCUUUGUGUAGAUCUGUGUUCUUAGUUAUAAGACUCGAAAGUUAAAUGAUCUGUCAUAAGCAUUGUUCUUACUGCUGUGAAAGUACAAGUCAGAUUGACUUCUAAUUACUGUGAAUCAUUAUUGUGACGUCUUUACUGCAGGAGGGAUAUACACCAAUUGGGCCUUUUACAGGGAUUUAUAGAAAGUCCUCCCUUUCACCAAUAAUUUUAUUUGAAACAUCACCAAACUUGGUUUAUGUCAUCCCUAUAUGGGUUUUACAUAUUGUGACAGCAGAGAAAGGGAAAGCGACAGAAAUGUCAUAUUCAGAUGUUCGUUCAUUGGUUCAUUUUUGCCGGGGUUUCAUAUUGUGACAACAGGGAACGUGCUUUUAUGUUUGACUAUGAUACAAAAGAGAAAGAACACCAAAACACUUGGAAAUCUGAUUAAUUCGGGGGCUACGCCCUCUCGUACAAAUCAAAUAGCCUCGUGUUUCAGUGCUCUUUCUAUUACUAAUUGUGUUGGAUUGUAUGGAUUUUGUGUUGAUUAAACUUUAUUAAUAACCAUGGCAUAAAAAGAUUAUGUACAGUAACGUAUUUUAUUCUUUUUUCUUAACAUACUUAAUUAGACCUACUGUCUCUUUAGACAGCCAUUGCUGUCAAUAAAAUUAAAGAUAUACUAUGCUCAUCCUUGAGUAAAAUAUUUUUAAUCACAAAAAUAUAUUGAAAUCUAUGAAAGUCUUUCUAAAUAUGUCUAAUUUGAAUAAAAAGAGCAAAUAAACUAAGGAUUGGAAUCUGCAUUCCUUUUUGCAGGUUAAGUAAAGUUGACCUUUUCUUAAAAAACUGACAGUUUUUUUUAUGACACUACAUGUAUAUAUUUAUAAAUUGUUAAAGUUUAAAGUAUAAUAUAUCUACUUUGUGUGAAGUCGAAACAUGUUUAUUUAUAUUUAUAAAAGGACCAUGUAGCAAUUAUCAAAUUUGAGCAUAGUAUAUCUUUAAUUGUUUAAAUUAUUCUGUUAAUUUUGUUUGUUGAGAAGUUGUUACUGAUAUAUAACAUGUACAUUAUAAUGUUCCUAAUUAUGAUUUUUGACAGGUUAUAUAGCCCUAUAUAAAUGGUUGUUCGAAAAAAAAAAGGCGAGGGUUUUAAUGCAAAAAAAAGCUUACAUACAGACAUAUAACUGUUAGAAAUAUUUAUAUCGAAUUUAUAAUACAGCAAGCUUCUUUUUUUAAUCGAACAAAUUUUAAGUGAGAUUUCUUCAUAAAUUGACAACAGUCAUGUAAAUAAGUCUAUAUAAUGUCAUGAUUAUCAAAUGAAAAGCUACGUUACAAACGUGCAGUAUUAUAAACCCCUUUUAUAUGCAUGUUUAUGUUACAUUAUGUCUUUGUGUAAGUCUGUGUUGUUAGUUAUAAGACUCAAAAGUUAAAUGAUCUGUCAUAAGCAUUGUUCUUACUGCUGUGAAAGUACAAGUCAGAUUGACUUCAAAUUAUUGUGAAUCAUUAUUGUGACGUCCUUACUGCAGGAGGGAUAUACACCAAUUGGGCCUUUUACCAGGUUACCAGAAAGUCCUCCCUUUCACCAAUAAUUUUAUAUGAAACAUCACCAAACUUGGUUUAUGUCAUCCCUAUAAUUAUGGUCCUUGUAUUUGAUAAGUUCUUUUCAGGGGUUUGAAAUUGCUAAACAAAUGACUUAAUCACACAAAGCAAUGGAUCCAUGUAAUAUAAUCAUUAGCAUCUGUAGAUGAACUUUUAGCAAAUAUGGUCAAAUAUAUUUAGUUGGCUUUCAUUAGGAUCUGCAAGAGAAAUAAGUAGUCAUACAUUUAAUCAACCUUGUGAGAACCAGUGAAAUUAUACAGUCAUUAGUUUAAACUGUAGUAUGUUUGAUGUUUAGUCAUUGUACAAAUAAAUAUGGUACACAUUAAUGAGCUGAAACCAGAGCUAAACAAAACAUGCUAAUAUGACUCAUUUAGGUGGCUCAUUCAUCUAUGUUUUUGUAUCUAAGGCUUUAAAUUUCAGUGAACCAACACAAAAGUUUGGCAUUGUACUGACUAAUUCUUCAACUGUUGAAUUUGUGUAAUGGAUCUGACAAGUUUUGAUUAUAAAACAGUAUGUUCCAAGUUUAAGGGAUCAAAAGAUAUUAAUUAAUAUAUUGGGCUACCAGCAAUAUAGAGCAUGGUGGGACAGCAUGGAUCUGCAGGUGGGUUUGGUUCUGUACUUAUGGUAAAGGCAAAUCUCUUCCAGCAGGUUACCCUAAAAACAUAGAUAUAUAAGCGUUGAUUAUGAAAACACUAAAAACAAGCUGUGGUUAUUUUAACUUAGUUUUCUUUAUUUUAUACAUUUAUUACAUGAUCUAUAAAUUAAAAAACGAUAUAACAUCCAUCAAACACAGAGUUCUUUUCCUUAAAUACUUAACAUACUUAAUAUCAGCUUAAACUCAGUAACACAAUAUUCUAUUUUGUCAAGUCUGGAGGUUUAAUAGUUAUUUUUAGAUUUUUUUGCACGUCGACAUCUUUUAUCCUUUUAUGUGGUAAAAAACUUAAAAUAACUUGUAUAGACAUAUAAAUAACAGGUACAAAAUUAUACCUUUUUUUGUCAUUUUAGUGCAAACAUGUCUAAAACAUUUGUACACUCUGUGUUUGUACAAACAUUAGCCACAUUUAUCCUUGUCUCCUCUUUUACCUUUAAUAAUGUAUAAACAUGAAACAUAAUGUAAUACAAGAUAUUUUUACACAUUUUUUAUUACGUCUGUCAUGUAAGGAGAAACUAUAAUAAGUUAUAAUAAGCAGGGAUUUUUGGGUCACGUAUGUUGCGUCAUUUUGAUUCGGGCCAUUAGCUAACCAAUAAUUAUGCAUGUUAAUAGUUAUUAAUUGUUUGUAAUUGACAGUUGUGAUUGACACACAGUUUGACAAGAUAACCAUCCUUAUAUUGAUUAUUCACGUUCUAUAUAAAAAUAUAACAUACAUGUAAACAAGGUCAAAAUGUCAGGAAAAAUGUAUUUUUCAACUAAAUUUGUGUCAAGUAAUACAUGAGGAGGGUUGAAAUAGAGUAAUUAGUGAAUAACAUGCUAUUUUUAGAAAAGACGUACAUGUGAUAUUUUAUGAUUAUUGUUAUGUUUUUACUACAUACUGCUAAAUGAUAUUUACAUCUGUUAUAAAUCUCAUUUUUUUCUAAAUCUUUUUAAAUUUAUAAGUGAAAAUUAAACUUCAGAGUCAUCACUUCUAUAGUAAAAAUGUUUAACAUGAAACAGAACAGGCUGCUAAGAUUGUAACCUUACUCUCACUGUUAAAUGCUCAAUUUUGAUAUUUGAAAAAUUAAUCCUUUAUGGUUAAUCAUACGGCAGUUAUGAAUGCGUUAUAUAGGAGAUUUUAGCACUCUUAGCGUACUCAAAAUUAAUUGAAAUCAGACGUAAAAUCGUAUUGUCUGUUUAAUUAAUAUCAACUUUAGAUAAUUUGUGUCCAUUGUUUCAAAAUUUCCACCUCAAGAGUUGGAGGAGUUUUUUCAUGGAAUAAAUAAAAUGAUAAGUUUGCAUUUUACAACAGUGAAAAGUGUUUUUCAUCGUAAAUUUUAUAUUUGAUUUAACUUCAUUCAAAAUGCAUACAAGUGUAACCCUUUACCAGCUGGAACAGAAUGUGAUUAGCCUUUGUCACUAGUUGUGCUAGGUGCUGAUCAUCUUUAAAUAUUGAUCCUGAUACAUGUAUCCCCAAAAUUGGUAGUGGACAUUCCCGAAAAUGGAAGCUGGACAUAACUGUAUAUAAAAGUCAUAAGUUUUACAGUGGGGUUAAACUUGUAGAUGACCCAACUGUUUCCCGGUACACCUUGCAGUCUUUGUCAACUUUCUUUUCCAUUACAAAACUUUGUGUUUCUUCCAGUAAAUACUCUUUAUCAUCUUAGUAUCUUUAAAGUGGAUAGGUCUACAAUGGGCACAUUUUCUUUAAUUUUUUCAAAUAUUGAUAAAAACAAUAGAAAUGUAUCUUUUCGAUAUUUUUAUAGAAAGUUGUUUGGGAAAAAAGUUGAUAUUGUUCUAAGUUACUUAGAAUAAACAUUUAUAUGAUGAAUAAUAUUAUUUUGUUCAGGAACAAUUAAUUAUCUGCUAUAUAAAUAUAUAAUAUCGGAUCAUUUAUCUCACACUUGCAAACAACUUCCAUAUAUAGGUCUUUUGUGGGUUUGUUGUUAUGUCCAAUACGAAAUACUUUCACAUCAUUUAAGUAUUAUUACUUAUUCAUUGUAUUACAAACUUUCCAUCAUAGACCAAUUCAUUUUAAAGAACAGAAUAAAUAUUUUUUUUUAAAGAAUGAAUCUAUUGUUAAAAGAAUAAAUGAAUAAAUGUUUUGUUUACAGAAUAAAUCACAAUAAAACUGAA